AUGAAGGUCAUCAUCCGUGACAACGCAGAUGGCGCAUCUCAAUACGCAGCCCGAUAUAUUAUCAACCGCAUAAACUCCUUCCAGCCCACUCCCGAGAAGCCGUUCGUACUAGGUUUGCCGACAGGCAGCAGUCCCGAGCUGAUAUACAAAAACCUUGUACAGGCGCACAAGGCCGGCGAGAUCUCGUUUGCAAAUGUCGUGACUUUCAAUAUGGACGAAUACGUUGGUUUACCGGAAGACCAUCCGGAAUCCUACCACAGCUUCAUGUACAAACAUCUCUUCGCCCAUAUCGACAUUCAUCCGGCCAAUGUACACAUCCUCGACGGCAACGCACCCGACUUGGCGGCCGAAUGUGCCGCGUACGAACAGAAGAUUGCGCAGGCGGGUGGAAUUGAUUUGUUCUUGGGCGGAAUCGGGCCGGAUGGACAUAUUGCUUUCAACGAGCCUGGCUCGUCUUUACGGUCCAGAACGAGGGUUAAGACCUUGGCUGAAGACACAAUUCGUGCCAAUUCGCGGUUCUUCGGAGGCGACCUGAGUCAGGUGCCUAAGCAAGCUUUGACUGUGGGCGUGCAGACGGUGAUGGACGCUCGGGAAGUCGUACUGAUUGUUCUCGGGGCUAACAAGGCUGUUGCUUUGGCCAAAACCGUUGAGGGCAGUGUCAGUCAGCUAUGGACCGCCAGUGCCCUCCAGAUGCACGAGCACGCCACAAUCGUCUGCGAUGAUGCAGCUACAGAUGAGAUGCUGGUGAAAACGGUCAAGUAUUUCAAGAGCAUCGAGCAGGUCUCGUUGGAACAAGAAAUGGUCCAAGCCACUUCUGAACAUCGGUCGCACACAAAUGUAGACAACUGGCGAGGUGCCUUGAAGGAUCUGAGGAUUGACACCGACAAGAAGCAAGCAGAGCAAGAAGAUGGAGAACUGACACCCGACAGCAUGUCAUCGAGGCUGGUGGAUUCAGCGAUUGGAUUGAACGACAAGAAGACGGAUGAUCUCAUGUUCGACCGGAUGGGAUCUAGAGUCUCAACGUUUGCAGCCUGA